UUCCGGCGCGGCGGCGGCGGGGCGGAAGCGGCGGCGCGGACAUGGCGUCGGGCGGCGCCUGCGGCUCCCGCUCCCCUUCUCCCGCCCAGCGCCUCCCCCCUCCCUUCCCCGAGCCCCACGGCGCCGACAGCGACGCGCCGGGAGAGGCCGACAGCGACUCGGAUGGCGAGGACAUCUUUACCGGCACCAGCAAGGCCUCAGCAGCACAGAGGGAGCCCCUGGUGCCUGUGGGCAGCAGCUCCCAGCAGAACGGCGUGGGUGCGGAGCCGGACGAGCAGGACUUGUUUGCAGAUGCCACUGUAGAGCUGACUCUGGACAGCACACAGAACAACCAGAAGAAGGAGCUGGCCAAAGCAUCCAAUCCUGGCCCCUCUUCAGAAGUACCUGCAAGCUCCUCUUCUAGAAACCCUCCACAGAGCUAUGAGGAGCUGGAAGAAGAGGAGCAGGAGGACAAAUUUGACCUGACUGUAGGAGUGAGUGACCCAGAGAAAGUUGGGGACGGCAUGAACGCCUACGUCGCCUACAAAGUGUCCACCCAGACCACCAUGCCAAUGUUCAGGAGCAAGCAGUUCUCAGUCAAGAGGAGGUUCAGUGACUUCCUGGGGCUCUAUGAGAAGCUGUCAGAGAAGCAUGCCCAGAACGGCUUCAUCGUCCCUCCGCCGCCUGAGAAGAGCCUCAUAGGAAUGACCAAAGUGAAGGUUGGGAAGGAAGACUCCUCCUCUGCAGAGUUCCUGGAGAAGAGAAGAGCUGCUCUGGAGAGGUACCUGCGCAGAGUGGUCAGCCACCCCACCAUGCUGCAGGACCCAGAUGUCAGGGAGUUCCUUGAGAAGGAGGAGCUGCCCAGGGCAGUCAGCACCCAGACCCUGAGUGGAGCAGGACUGCUGAAGAUGUUCAACAGAGCCACGGACGCCGUCAGCAAGAUGACCAUCAAGAUGAACGAGUCAGACAUAUGGUUCGAGGAGAAGCUGCAGGAGGUGGAGUGCGAGGACCAGCGGCUGCGGAAGCUGCACGCGGUGGUGGAGACCCUGGUGACCCACAGGAGAGAGCUAGCCCUGAACACAGCUCAGUUUGCCAAGAGCUUGGCCAUGCUGGGCAGCUCAGAGGACAACACAGCCCUCUCCAGGGCCCUCUCCCAGCUGGCUGAGGUGGAGGAGAAGAUUGAGCAGCUGUACCAGGAGCAGGCCAGCAAUGAUUUCUUCGUCCUGGCUGAGCUCCUGGGGGACUACAUCAGGCUGCUCUCUGUGGUGAGGGGAGCCUUUGACCAGCGCAUGAGGAGCUGGCAGCGCUGGCAGGACGCUCAGAGCAUGCUGCAGAAGAAGAGGGAGGUGGAGGCCAGGCUGCUGUGGGCCAACAAACCUGACAAGCUGCAGCAGGCCAAGGAGGAGAUCUCAGAGUGGGAGUCCCGAGUGACGCAGUACGAGAGGGACUUCGAGCGCAUCUCGGCCGUGCUGCGCAGGGAGGUGACUCGCUUCGAGAAGGAGAAGUCCAAGGACUUCAGGAACCACGUCACCAAGUACCUGGAGACACUGCUGACCUCCCAGCAGCAGCUGGUCAAGUACUGGGAAGCCUUCCUGCCCGAGGCCAAGGCCAUCUCCUAGGCAGUGCGGAGCCGGCGCCGUGCGGACCCCGACUGCCUCGCCGGGCACCUCUGCCUCCUCCCGGCCGGGGCAAGGCCUCCUGGCAGCCUCUGGAGGUGCUGCUGGAGCCCUGCCCCUCCCCCCCGCCCCGAGGAGCAGCUUUGCAGCCACUUAACUCUUCUCCGCGGCUGUUUGUCACGUAGCAGCAUCUAUUUUCUUACUGAGACACAGACUUGGAGCGGUUCCUGCCCCGGGCCCUGCGCUGGGGCUGCCCCGGCGCCUGGCUCCCGGGCUGGGGGCUCUCAGGGCUCUUACUGAACUCUCUGACUCCUGCAGUGCCAUUAAACUUCUGGAAUAAAAACUUCUA